UACGGUCGCUGCCGGUGAUUGGAGCAACAAAAGCAAAGGAAAGGAGAGAGAGAGUGACAGAAAGAGAGGGAGAGAGAGCAGUCAGUGUCCCUUCAUCGCGGCGGACAGUCCAGCGGCACGCAGCCAGGUGAGUGAAGCGGCAAACUGCGGUGUGAAAGCCGGGGAGAAUACCUGCGGCGCUCACCCCCUCCCCGCCCCCCGCGCUGCUUCUGCUGCUGCUCCCGAAUUCAUCCACUGCUUCGCGAGGCUGAACCUUGUCACUGAGAUGAAAUAAGGAGGUGCUGGUGGUGUCAGAUGUGAAUGUCCUCCCUGAUCUCUCGCUCAUCCACUGAAUUGUGCACUUCAGUACAGAGAGCAGCUGCAGAAAUAAGGACAGCAACUUGAUUUCAGGCCAACUGAUGAGCUGUGAGCAAGAGCAUCUGAGGGGUAACCAGGACACACCGGCACCCCCGGACCCAUCCAUGGCCCAGGCGUAUCCAUCAGCCCAGUUUGCCCCCGCUCCCCAGAACGGCAUUCCAGCUGAGUUUACAGCUUCACACCCACAUCCGCAUCCACACUCCCACCCACAUCCACACCAGCACCCAGCAGCACCACAGGACUACACCGGGGUCCAGGCCUCCGUCAGUGAACAUCAACUCAACAUGUACCAGUCCUCGCAGAGCCACAGUGAGCAGGGCGGGUCAGACUCUGGCAGUCAGACGGUCACCGGCACAGCCACACAGACAGAUGAUGCCGCCCAGACAGACAGUCAGCCCCCAACACAGACUGUACCUGAAAGCACAGAUAGCAAGGCCCAACCCAAGAGACUUCAUGUCUCCAACAUCCCCUUCAGGUUCAGAGACCCAGAUCUCAGGCAAAUGUUUGGCCAAUUUGGCAAAAUCUUAGAUGUGGAAAUCAUCUUCAACGAGCGUGGUUCAAAGGGUUUUGGGUUCGUAACGUUCGAGCAUAGCGUGGAUGCCGACAGGGCCAGAGAGAAAUUACAUGGCACCGUGGUAGAAGGUCGUAAAAUAGAGGUCAACAAUGCAACAGCCCGAGUAAUGACAAAUAAGAAGACUGUCAACCCAUAUGCAAAUGGCUGGAAGUUAAAUCCAGUGGUCAGCGCUGUCUACAGCCCAGAAUUCUAUGCAGUACCAGGUUUUCCCUACCCAGCAGCCAGUGCAGCAGCAGCGUACAGAGGAGCCCACCUACGGGGUCGAGGACGAACCGUAUACAACACAUUCAGGGCGGCCGCUCCGCCUCCCCACAUCCCAGCUUAUGGAGGUGUUGUUUACCAGGAUGGAUUUUAUGGUGCAGAUAUUUAUGGUGGUUACGCUGCCUACAGAUAUGCCCAGCCUACUGCUGCCACAGCUGCUGCAUACAGUGACAGUUACGGACGAGUAUAUGCUGCCGACCCCUACAACCACACACUCACUCCAGCAGCCACAUACAGCGUUGGUGCCAUGAACGCGUUCGCUCCACUGACAGAUGCCAAAACUCGGAGCCAUGCUGACGACGUGGGGCUGGUGCUGUCCUCUCUCCAGGCCAGUAUAUACCGGGGAGGCUACAGUCGCUUCGCACCCUAUUAGCAACACCUCCAACCUAUACUCAACCUUCCAACAGGACAGAAAGAAAGUGUGUGUGCGCGUGAGUGUGUGAGCGAAUGAGAGAGAACGAAUUAUCAGAGGAGAGACGUUACUGAGACCCGGGUAUUGCAAUACAUGCAGUUUGUGCAUCAUUUCAGCAUCUCCUAAGAGAGAAGUACAAAAAAAAAAAAAAAAAGAAGAAGAAGAAUAAAAUGACAGCUGAUAUUUUUCAUCUUAUACCUCAGAUAUUUUGUGCUGUGUAUUUUGAUAUUGUGGGUUUUUAAUUUCUAAAGAUUUAAACAUAGAUUAUCAGCUGUAGAGGUUUUUCCAUGGUACUAAUAGAGAGCUGCUAGAGUAAUGAUUAGGACACAGAGGAAAUAUUUAUCAGACUCAAAUUGUUAGGGCUUGUAUAGAACUCCAACCCUGUAAGAUAAGUCAUAGUCACAUUUUUGGGGUUUUUAUGUUUUCUAAAAGUGUUUAAGUGACUAUGCCAGUCAAGUGUUGUUCUUUUACUUCUCUCAGCUUCCUUGGCACUUCCUCUGUCAAUUAGUGAUAGAUUUUUUUUUUUUCCCUUUGGUUUGGGAGGAAGUAAAAAAGACUUGGAAACAUGAACAGAGACAAAAAUGUCUUGUCUGAACUUUUGGGGGCAGGAUGGCUAAGUUAAAGAAGCUGAGAGCAGCAAUGAUUGCUAUUUGUCCAACAUCUUGAAAUUAUGACUUUUUAUCAGCUAACAGCUGUUUACUUGUGACUGCAAUUUUACUGUUACAGGCUCAUAAUUGUUUUUGCCACCCCAAGAUAAUAAUCUUUUCUUAAGAUAAAAUCCUGUGUAGUAUCUGCAUAGUCAUCCCAAUUGGUUGUAUUCUAGCCAAACUGCAGCACAAGGUUGUCUUGUGUUUGUUUCAUAACAUGCAAAAUUGCUUUGGUCUGCUGUGCAUGUUGUUUAGCCUGCUGUAUAGAUAACAGAUAUUUUUUUUCUUACACGGUUAAGCAGCUCAUGUUCUGAUCACUGCAUAUAUGACACCAAAACACAGCCAUUAACGUUAAGCAAAAACUCAUUGUGUUCCUUCUUAUCUGAUCCUAUUACCAUAACAACCUACAACAACAGUUCCUGUGGCUACAUUGAUUAGACAGGCUAAUAAUAACUGCUCAUAAUUACAAGAUAAACAUCUCGUAAUUAUAAGAUACUAAGUCAUAACCACAAGAUGAAGCCUCCUGCUCUUUUUUCCCUUUGGUGAAUGCAAUGUGUUUUUGUAAUAACAAGAUUCCUUGUUAUAACAAAAUGUUUCUCUUGUUAUAAUGACAAAAAUGCAACAAGUUGUGUCUCUAAUGAUGGCAUUUCUGCUCUUUAAUAAGUUUUCUUGAGACAAUGAUUGCAAAAUGAAAUAACAACAACAAUUACUAACAUUCAAAGCUGCUCUCAGACAUGUAGUGUAGUUUUCUUUUUAGGGAGAGAAUGUUGUGAGUCAGCACGUUAUGCAGGCUGUAGAUUUAUUGACUAGAUAAUGAGGUUAUAUCUUACAUCACUUCAAGCCAAAGGUUCUAGUGGACAUACGUAUCUGGCGUGUUUAUGUGUAUAGUCAAGAUUCUACGUAGAUAUGAAUAAUGAGAUAAGUUUAAAAAAAAGGGAUUGCCAUGGCAACUAAACUGUUGAACCAUUUAAUUGCUUAGUCCACAUGCUGAGUUAUGAAAAAGAAUUAGAGCCAGGUUAAAACACACACAGACACACACACACACACACACACACACAAAUAAAAUAAAACUUAAAAAAAGAUUAAUUGAGGUCUGAGGUACAAACUGGUUCCCAGGAAAGAGAGUCAAACUUUAAUCACAGAAUUCUGACUUAGAAUUUGAAGAUUAAAUGUUCUGUGGCACUAAUCCUCUUCCGUACUGAGCAUUGUUGUCCAUCCAGAAGUAGAUGUUUUUUAUAUAAACUUCCAGUAUAUUCAUUGGUAUAAUUGAUGAUUUUUAUAUUACAGGAGAGAUUUAAAAAAUAUAUAUAGCAGUAGCCAAAGCCACUGCAUCUAUUUUAUCAUUUUGUUAAUUUAGUGUUGCCUUUGUUUUUGUUUUGGUUUCCUUUUUUCUUUCAUAAUUAAAAUUUAUGGGGGGUAAAGUAUAAUAUUCCAACAAUGUAUUAUAUUUGAACUGUGCAGUGAAGAUGUUCUCUUAUAUGAAAUACACAAUGGUAUAAUGUUUUAGAUUUAGAUGAGUAGAUCAGUUGUUAGGGCAAGCUAUUUCAUUUUCUAUCAAAUCAUAUUCUGAUUUUUAUUAACUCUUUUCAAAUAAUGUAUUCACAAUGUAGAUACAUGUUUUUUUUCUCUUUUUUUUGUCAACUGUACCAUUUUGCACAUUGUAAUUUUCACAUAAACCUGAGACAUAUCAGUGCCGUAGUUGUAAUUUUUCUUAACUUUUUUUUUAUCUGUUCUGAAAUUUCUGAUUUUCUCUCUUUCCUCUCAUGUUGAUCUUAAUGUAACAUCCUGUCUGUUAUUUUCUAGAAUUCAAACUUUACUCUUUGAAAAUUAUCUGUUUGAAUAUUACAAUACUAAAUACAUAUGGGAAAUAAAUGAUUUGUGAACAGGCUAACCUAUGAUGUAAAUAGAAAUUAAUGGAAUAAAUCUGUAGUGUAUUUGAAAAGCGCUACACGGGCAAGAGGAGCUCGGCUAUGGCUGCAUUGCAAGUCAGCCUAUGGGCCGCUUCCUGUGCCACAUUCUGUUUACAACUAUUCCCAAUUAGUGGUGUCGUUACAUAUCUCUCUUUUGUAUUUAUAACAAAUUAGAUAGGAAAAACUCUCAGAUGCAUCACAUUAUAAAGAAGGCAGCAGUAAGAGCCUCAGUGCCAUUUGGCCCUGCUGGUUCAAACCGUCGUCUAUGUGCUGUGUGUGAGGACCAUCGGUCAGAAACUGGAAGACUCAUAGUCCUCACUAUGCUGAAUGUCUGACUCCGCAACUACUUUAUCCAAGCUCUGCUUCCAGUAGGUGUUGUGGUUCAAAACAAGGCUUCCUACUUCCUACUCAUUGUAUGUGCAUGUACUAUGGUUCUUCCACUAAUCAAUAACCAUCAAUAAAGUUUUGUUUUCUCAA